CGUGCCGUCAUGCGACUUAGAUGUCCUUUUAUAGACGCUAUCCGCAGUUGCUCGGAUAAUUUUCAUCUGCCUCAGAAGUGCAGAAUUCGAGUUGACACUGCAUCUGCAUUAAAUUCAUGUUUCAAGGCGACUGGCCCGCUAUUGUCGACGCAUAUAAAUUGUUCCUGUUCUCAGCAGUAUUGGCGCAGAGUGACUUCGAUUGGACUACUAUUGAACCAACGAGCAACUUAUCAUGGGUCGACUGCUACUCCGACUAUCAGUGCACACGUUUCCAGGUACCCAUCGACUACUCGAAUGAGGACAGUGACAAAGCUGCUCUUGCGGUAAUCAAGCUUUCCGCUCAAUCCGAGACUGACUAUAAAGGAACCGUACUGAUCAAUCCGGGAGGCCCUGGCGAAAGUGGUAUCGCUACAAUCAUUUCCAGUGGUUCGGCUCUCGCCUCUGUCAUCGGGAACCAAUACGACAUCAUCAGCUUCGAUCCUCGUGGGGUCGCCAAUUCGACGCCUCGAGCAGAGUUCUUCCUCUCCGAACAAGAGCACUUGCAAUGGCUUGCUAGUACCGAUCAUUGGAGCUAUGUUGUCAACGCGACCUCAGACCAAAUUCCUCAUCUAUGGGCAUCCACACAAGUUGUCGCGGAAUUGGCCAAGGAAAGAGACAACGGGAUCUUGGAUUACAUCACUACGGACAAUGUCGCUCGAGAUAUGCUGCGAAUUAGUGAGGCAGCGGGUCAAGAGAAGCUACAGUAUUGGGGAUUCUCUCAUGGGACGGUUCUUGGCGCCACUUUUGCUGCCAUGUUCCCUGAUAAUGUUGAACGUAUCGUGCUUGAUGGUGUUUUCGAUAUGGAUGGCUAUUACAGGGGCGACUGGCGAAAUGAGAUCCUCGAUACUGACAAGGACAUGCAAUCAUUCUUCGACGGAUGCGCGGCUGCUGGUCCCGACAGAUGUGCCUUCUACGCGCCUACUGCUGAUGAGAUAUCCAAUAACCUCAACUCCAUUUACGAGUCCCUUCUCACCGAGCCAGUCCCGGUCGUAUCCCCAUCAUUCUACGGUGUCGUCGACCAUACCGUCUUGAGAACCGCAGUUAUGAAUGCACUGUACGAGCCUUACACCUAUUUCUCUGUUCUUGCCGAAGGUCUGGCUAGUCUGGCAGCCGGGAAUGGCAGCAUAAUUUACGAUAUGCAGGCGACAACCUACGACCCAUCUUCUGCUUAUGAUAAUUCAUGGGAGGCGGAAAUUGCUGUUGCCUGCGGUGAUAGCCUGAAUAACACGGACACCGUGGCAGAUUUGUUUGCAUAUUGGGAUAGUAUCGAAGGUUUAUCGACAUUUGCCGAUAUACUCAUCAUAGCGAGGAUCAGCUGCUCUGGAUGGAAGUUCCAUCGCGAAGACAGAUUCACGGGUCCAGUCACCGGAAAUACCAGUUAUCCUAUUCUUCUUAUAGGAAACACGGCCGACCCCGUUACUCCCCUUGCUAUGGCGAAGAAGACGUCCAGCGCAUUCCCUGGCUCCGUAGUCCUGACUCAGAACUCAUCUGGGCACACAUCUUUGGUCGUUUCUUCCGCAUGCACACAGGCGUACGUUCAAGCUUACUUUCAAAACGGCACUCUGCCCGACGAGGGAACAGUUUGUGAAGUCGAGUCUGAGCUGUUCCCGACUUCGUCAAAUGCUACUGGUAGUGAGCGACGUUCUUUCCGUGGUGGCAAAUGAUUCCAAAACCUAGUUAUCAAUUCUUUCGGCUGACACUUAACCUUACUCUCCAUCGAUUUAUUCCUGGUUUGCUUCACUACUGUUUUCCGCGUCCAACUCGUACAUCCCUCUUUCUGUUCAGUUUUUUCCCAUCUGAAUGUCGCGCAGUUAUUGUACAUGUUGCUACUUUGAUUAUGGUACGUAGAUAGGCAGCUCAUGUUGCGUGUAAG